GGACCGUGGGGUCCAAGCGCUGUGCCCGCCGCAGGACACGCGGGUGCGGGCGCAGCCGGGGGGGCGCGGGCAGCCCCCCGUGGUGGCCGUCACCAACCGGCUGGGGGGGGAGGAGGUGACCCACGCCCUGGUGGCCGAGAGCGCGGCCGAGGCCCAGCGCUGGCUCGAGGCCUUCGAGCAGCACCUCUGCGACUUGGGCCAGUGGAAGCAGUGCUGUGAGGAGCUGAUGCGGAUCGAGGAGCCCCCCCCGCGCCGCCCCCCGGCCCCGCUGCCCCCCCAGGGCUCCCUCUACCACCAGACGGCCCCGCCGGGCCCCCCCGGGCCCCCCCCCGGGCGAGGGGCUCCUGCUGCAGGAGAACGUCUCGGCCGAGAUCCGGGCGCUGCUCAGCUCCUACUACAGCGACAGCUAUUGACCCCUCAGACGACAUCGCGGCCGUGACCGACAUCCUGGCGCGGCACCGGGAGGGUCCCCGCCCGCCGGGCCCCCCCCCGUGGCUGUCGCUGUUCGAGGGGCCCCCCCCGCGCAGCCCCAGCCCCCCCCCGGCGGGGCCGCCCCCGCACCCUGUCCCUGGACGCCCGGCUCAGCACCCUCAAGGGCCGGGGGGGCCCCCCCAGGCCCCCCAACUCCAGCUCCUCCAGCAGCGGCAGCAGCAGCCCGGGACCCCCCCAGCGUGACCCCCCCAGGCCCCUCCAGUCCCGGGUCUGACCCCCAGCACCGGGGGGGGGGCAGGGGAUGGACCCCCCCCAUCCCCUGCAGGGGCCAAUGCCACAGGGGGCCUGGGGGGGUCUGGGGGCUCCCAGAUCCUUUUCUGGGGAGAAACUGGAAUUUCUGCCCCCUCUGUGCUGGGGGGGGACAGAGCUAAACUCCAAAAAGGGGGGGAAGGGGUGUUGCCCCCCCCCAGGGUGGGUGCUGGGGACCCCCCCACCGCGGGGUGGGUGCAGGGUCCCCCCAGGGUGGGUGCUCAGGGUCUAACCCGGGGGGGACACAAGGACCUCCCCCCCAGCUCUACUUUCCCUCACCUCUAACCUGGGGGGGGCAGCCCCCCCCCGGCAGGACACCCCCUUAUUAAUAAUGUGCAUUAAUAAUUUGCAUUAAAAUUUAUUUAACA